AUGGAAGAUAUUUCCAUGAAAGAGCAUUGCGAAGAGUGUAAUAAGUCUAAUAUCGAUUAUGAUUGGUGUCAAACAUGUAACGCUAAAAGUUUCAACGAAAUGAAAAUUGGACUAAAGAUAUGUAUGUCUCGUUUGGCAAAAGGAGGAUUUAAAGAGAUCUUUAAAGCAAAAUGGAAAGAUGGAUUUAUAGACAAAUGGGAUACUAUAAAAAAUCAAUGGAAAAGAUACCUCAAUGAAGCUGUUGCUUUAAAAUUUUUGCGCAAUUCGCAAGAUAUUACAGAUGAAUUUUAA